GGUCACAUUCAUCAUGACACAUCAAAUGCAACAGAUGCUCGUUUUUUCACUGCUUGGUUUGGCUUUACUUGGAGUGUUCCCACUGGUGGAAGCAUGUGACAUCCCCUGCCCCAACCGCUUUGGCAAGCAGAGAUGCUGCGAUGGUGUUUCUCCCAAUGACUUUCCAACCUGCCCCCCUAUGCCUCGAGUUGAGGUUAACUGCAGUGACAAAACUUUGUUUGAAAAAGAAGUACGAGUUCAGACAUGCAGGAGUGACCGCGACUGCAAAAGCAGUGAGAAGUGCUGCAGGGACAUCUGUGAAACAGGGCACAUCUGUAUGCCUGGCAUCAUUAACCAGAACUUUCUGUUCCGUUAAUCUUUUUUUUUUUAAUUUCAUUCAUAAGUGCUGGAAGAGUUUAUCUGAUUUAAACUGCAAAAGUCAAGUAAAAAUAUCUGGUUAA